AUAGGUUUUCCUACAAGGAACUUCAACAUGAAUUGUAGACCUACUUGAUUUACGCCGAUUUUCACGACACGAACACGGAUAACAACCAUGUAGGAUCACGUUUUGUGUUCGUCGUCUGUACAUCUCAUUGACUGUCAGCAAUCGUAGGCAGGAAUCGACUUGACCAGAACAAGAACCGAUGGACAUAGUCCAACGAGAGGGAAAUAUACAGAAAGGUCUGACAUUUUUUUGACGGAGGAUGGAAUGUAGCGGAACUAGACUAGGCUGAACAACGGUGACCAGGAGUAAGCUUGUUUGAGGAUGGCCUGUUCUCCGACCCUUCAGGGGUCACAGACAUCACAGAGGUCACUGGCUUCUGACCUACAGCUGGACGCUCACUUAACUAAGUCAUUAUGUGAGAUUUGCGGUGCAACUCUCCUCGGAGAUCGACGGUCCUGUCGCGUGUGUAACAAGGUGUUGUGUGUUUGCUGUUCAGAAAUGCAGGAAAAACUGCUAUUUAUGAGGAACGAUACAAAAAAGUCCAAGGGAGCUAACUGCCCUCUGUGUGACCUAUUGCAUAAUCUCAACAGUGGAGAAAAUUCCAGUCCAAUUGAUGGAAAAGCCUCCAUUCCGUAUCAAAAUCAUGAUGAUAUCGAACAUUCAUCUGAAACUGAAACUGCAGGACUGCCUCCAGUGUUGGAUAAAGUGACAGUUUCAAAAGGGGCAGAUAACCCUGUCAGUUCUGGUUCUAGUUCAUCACAUAUAAAGAGGGUAGAUAUGACAAUUAUUGACUCUGCUAAAACAAAUCAAGAAAAUGGCCAAGGAGAUCAGCAAGAAACACGUCCGAAUAGAGUUAAAAUUGAUGAGAAAAGUGCCAUGACUCAAGGUCAUCAGCAGGGGACAAUAUUCACCAAAGGUCAAGGUCACAACCAGAAAACAAUAAAAGACAAUGGUCAAAGGGACACUGUUGUAAAAACACAUGAAGAAAAGUUAAAGACCAAUCUAGAAAGAGGUCAAAAUGACAAGAUAGGGAAAAUGACCAAAGGUCAAGGUGAUAAGGGAGAGACAAUGACCAAAGGUCAAGGUGAUAAGGGAGAGACAAUGACCAAAGGUCAAGGUGAUAAGGAUAGGACAGUUACCAAAGGUCAAGGUGAUAAGGGCAAGACAACGACUGAAGGUCAAGGUGAUAAUAAAGGGACAAUUGCCAAAGGUCAAGAUGAUAAGGAGUGGAAAGUUACCAAAGGUCAAGGUGAUAAGGGAGAGACAAUGACCAAAGGUCAAGGUGAUAAGGGAGAGACAAUGACCAAAGUUCAAGGUGACGGUGUAACAAAAUCACUAGACAGAGGUGAAAAUGAUAAAUCAGAGUUUACCUCUAUAACAGGGCAACGCUCGGAAAAACUGGAGUAUGAGACUCAAAUGCAGGUAGACCCUCAUACUGAGGUCUCUGUAACAAACCACAAUGUGCUAAAUCAGGAUGAUACUGGCUCAGAAAGGAAAGAAACAUUGGGCAAGUCUGAUACUUCUUUAUCUCGGGAAGAAAAGAAUUCUAAUGAUGAUAAACAUGUUCAGAAUGCUGCUAAUAAAUUUGAGAUCAAACAUUCCCAAAAGGGUGAGUCAGUUAUCAGCUCUGACAAAACAGAGAGCACAACUUUUAAGGAUGACAAAAUGUUGGAAGGAAAAUUAAAACAACAUGUCCAAUCACUUAAUAAGGAAAUAUCAGAGUUGGGUGAUUCUGUCUCACAAUCAGGGUCAUCCAGAGUCUUGUCUGAAGUCUCAACUGUCUCACAAUCAGAGUCAUCCAGAGUCUUGUCUGAAGUCUCAACUGUCUCACAAUCAGAGUCAUCCAGAGUCUUGUCUGAAGUCUCAGCAGCAGACGACAGUCCUUAUGGCAUGAUGAAUUUCAUGGAUGAUGAAGAUGGCCUUGAUGAUGAUCUGGAAGAAGUGGAGUACGAUAACUUAAAAUUGAAAGAAUACAGUGAACAAAGUGGCCUUUUGAUGGAUACAUUAUUUGGUGGAUUAUUGGGACUUGGACAAUCACAACAGUCUAACUCCAGGCAUCAUGCUCGCAAACCAGGAAUAAAGAUGGCCUUUCUGACAAUGCAAAAACCUGGCAAGAUAACCAAACAGCAGGAUGAGUUUGGUAGAGAACGAGUAACCCAACAGUAUCACUAUAGAAACAUCCUGAUCGUACCAGUCGACAGUGUAGAUCGUUCUUCAGCUAAAUCACCUGUGUCUUCGGUGGAUACUUACACCCCUCAGGAGAGCAUAUCCAACUUAAAUAAAGAUCCGGAUGAUUCUAACUUUCAGACAUUUAGACUUUCUAAUCAGAGUGUUCAAGGGAGUAACCCCGGUGCUUCCCAAGCCAGCCGAUUUCCUACAGGACUACCAGAAGGUUACAGUAGUGGGGAAUUCUCCAGCAUUUUGCAUUCCCGUGAUAACUGUUCUUCCCAUCGUGGGGUUAGUCCAGAUAAACACAAUGUAGGAAGCAGUAAGGCCCGACCAGGAAUAUCCGACAAUUUUCAGAGUGCUGGGUCUGACAGUUUCCGAGGUGACACUGUUGUACCUUUGACUCCUAACUCGACAGAUCCAGAAUUGCCAGAUUCUGGUUCUACGGCAGGGAGAAGAUCCAACUCCUCCAUGGCAACACCAAAACAUGUAAAAAAACGAAAUAGACAAGGGUUUGCCCACGCUUGCUCAGGGUGUGGCCGGAGAGAUUGUGAAGGAAAUUUCAUGAAACUUCUCAGAGAAAUGAUUGUCACCGCAGGCAACGCAGGUUUUGAAAUCCGAAAUGUGAUACCGGAUGGAAACUGUAUGUUUGCUGCGAUUGUGGAUCAGCUGGAACUGAAAAAAGACUUCACAUUUAGUCCGAAAUCUAUACGAUUUGAGUGCCUUAAUUAUCUUCGGGAAAAUCCAGAAAGUGAAGAUGGAACUCCGUAUGCACUAUUUUUAGAUGCGGAAACCUGGGAAGAGUAUCUCACGAGAAUGAGUCAAGAUGGCGAGUGGGGUGAUCACAUGAUGCUGCAAGCAGUAUCCCAGGUGACAAAGAAACAUAUACAAGUGAUCCAUCAUGAUGCCGAACGAGACUGGACGGUCAUCGAGUAUAAACUGACCCCAUUGGACAAAUCGGACAAAUCAGAUUGUCUGUUCCUCGGACAUGUAGGAGAGUUCCACUACGUCAGUCUGAGGCCAUCUGACCUGGCAAAGCAGCUACAUAAUAAGGAUGACAGUGAUGAAGAGGAUUUCAAGUCUUUAGAUGUCUUUCCGUCCUUACAAAAUCUACCCAGUUUUGAAGAUCCCGCGAAACAAGAGAUGUUUGAGGAGAAUUAUUUUGACCCUUGGAGUGAGAUACCAGUCGUCCAUCUAUCCUACAUACUGAAGAAGUUUGUUCCCAUCACUACCACUUUACAGAGUGCCGACUCCAUGGUAACCAAUGUAGAAAUAAUGACGGAGGAAGGGCAGAUGAGCGCCAUCAGGAAGCAGUAUGGAAUCAGCGCUUCUUCGUCAGUAGUACUGAUUGGGGAUGCUGCACAGGGACUAUAUGCUCCAUAUCUCAAUGAAAGGGAGAGAACUGAGUACGAUAAAGGAUCGGAAUGGGUGGAUGUAACGGGGCUUGUGAUGCCAAACAUGUGUAUUGCUUACCCGAAAGAUCACAGUGAUGUGGGUGAGACGAACGCAUUGAUAGAGACUAAGGAUACCCAUCCUGGAUACGCCCGACUCCUGACUCGGUAUCCAAGUCAAUGGGGUAUGCCAGCAUCUGGACCCGGGACAGUAACCUGCUAUCUUCCUAGUCACCAUUCGAACUUUAAGAAAGCGUUCAACAUGAGCAAAGAGCAAAAGGACUACAGUGCCAGCCAGAAUCCAAGUCUCGUUUCAUUUUUCAACGAAAUCUCCAUGGCAAUAGUGGCACCCUUUUGGCCAGUGGCUGCCGCAGAAUGGAAGACAAGACAACGAAAAGCGAAUUGGCCACCGCAGAAGAUCAUCGACAACAUCAUUUCUGGAGGAUAUCAUUUUGAGUGCAACCCACACCCUAAGAGUAAAAAUCCAGAUAUAGAGUUUCAUGCAUGUUUUGGUGUCGCUGAGAAAAUGCUUGCACAGGAGGCAUUAAGCCGAGAGCAACGCUAUAUCUUUCUUGUGUUCAAAGCCCUCUGCAGUCAAGAGUUCACGGAAGAUGAACUUAUCACAUCAGCUCAUCUCAAAAGCAUCUUCUUUUACGCUUGUGAACAGGUGCCUGGUGACGUCUGGCUGUCUCGACCGGGUUCCUGUAUAUUUUACCUGCUUGAGGCCCUGUUCGUUUGUAUUCAGGAUAGAAAUGUUCCGGAUUACUUCUUGCCGGCCAAUAACCUGAUCGAUCAUUUCGAUGAGGAUCAGCACAAACGAAUCCUGCAGAAGAUCAUGACUCUGAGAAAUGACCCAAUGACUAAUUUAUUGAAGAUUGGUCAGAAAAACCAUAUUUACAACGCUCAUCGAAUACUUUGCCUUGUCAAUAGUGAUAUUGAGGUGUUCCACGAGCACCACAGUGCAAGGAGGUCCGUACUAGAAGCUCUAGUGCCGAUUUCCAUCGAUAUUGCCAAAUACAACAUACAGACAGGUGCCUACAAACAGGCGCUGGAACAGCUACAAGAGGCAUAUGAGGAGCGUUUAGCCAUUAGUACAUGUGAGGACGCUCUCCCUUUCACCGCUUUCCUCACACAAGCUACAGACGGAUGUUUUAUAGAACAUCAGUGGUGGUUCUUUCUCAACGUGGACCAGCAGCUUCACACGACACUGUGCGCUGAUCUCAGCAUGGCCAUGCAGCCUGUGGCUUUAGAAGAGUUGGUCGGUAAGGAUGUGGCCCAAAACUUUGUCGGUACACUCAUUCCUGCCGUUAUGGCACGUAAACUGUGUCGGUUCUGUUCAGACAUGGCGGUUCAUCUCUUCCAAAACUACCACACGCAGAAAUGUCUACCGUUUCUCCUCUUCAAUCUGGACCGAUACCGUGAGAAACAACAGAGACUUGCACUGGUAAACAAUCAUGGUCAGCAACAGUACUAUGAAAAUAUGCAAGCAUUGACUAGCGAGGAGGAGGACGAUUUCACAGACGAAAACGCUGUCAGGGUUUUCAACCAGCUGUAUAUCGUAUACAACCGUCUGAACCAGCUGUGGAUAUUCCAGGACCUCUUACCGGAGUUCGAAACCUUGUGUGAGAUAGUUAACACUAGAUCAGCAUUUUCAAAACUGGUCACGAUACUAAGACAAAUGGGACUUACUGAAAAGGCCCAGUUGGCAGAGGCAAGGCGAAAUAGUAUCCCAAGGGAGACAGCCGCUACCUGCUACCUAGACCAUGGCAAUGCAUACUAUUGAAUAUCAGAAAUUGGUGAUGUUUCUACUCUGCAAUAAAUGGGGGUUGGGAGAGUGUACAGGGUGAAAAUCAGAUGAGUGGACUUGAUUUUUGUUUGUGCAUUACCACUGACAUGGGUUUCUACCUGACAGAAACAUUGACUUUUAAAUACCACCUUCUCUUUAAAGUGAUAUAUUUUGAAUAUAUACAUCCAAACAUUUUCAUGACUGUCUUGAGAGACAGGACCAUAAUUGAUAUAGUAAUGCUCUACUAUUUUAACUUUAUAUAAUGUAUUGCUAUAUGUUUUAAUAAAUAGUUUAUUCCCCCAUUAGCUUACAUCACAAAACAAUCAUCCCUUAUCCAGUAUUUACUAUAUGUUCAACAGUAAGAAAGAAAGUUUAACCCUGAUAAGCUACUGUUGCUUCCAACCAAAUAAUUUAAGUAUGAUUACAUGGGAGUACGGAAAAACAGUACCCAAACUCUUGUUCUGUACUAAACAACAGGGAAGGCAGUACCCAAACUCUUGUUCUGUACUAAACAACAGGGAAGGCGGUACCCAAACUCUUGUUCUGUACUAAACAACAGGGAAGGCG